GCCUUUCCUGGGUCAGCGCGGCCCGCUCCUCCCCGGCCGGACGCCCCCGCCUCCAUUUCCCGCCCUCUCUUCACCACACACACGGCCCCCCCGAUCAUGGAUCCCGGCAGCGGCGGCGGCGGCGGCGGCGGCGGGAGCAGCUGCGGGAGCAGCAGCAGCGACUCGGCGCCGGAUUGCUGGGACCAGGCGGACAUGGAAGCUCCUGGGCCGGGCCCUUGCGGCGGCGGCCCGGCGGUGGCGGCCGAGGCCCAGCGUGAGCACCUCAGCGCGGCCUUCAGCCGGCAACUCAACGUCAACGCCAAGCCCUUCGUGCCCAACGUCCACGCCGCCGAGUUCGUGCCGUCCUUCCUGCGCGGCUCGGCCCAGCCGCCGCCACCCGCAGCUGGCGCCACGGCCGACGACAGCCACGGAGCGGGCAGCGGCGCGGGAGGCCCCUUGGUACCUGUGGAAUCCUCUGAAGAGCAACAGUCAUUGUAUGAAGGUAAAGGUUCAAAUUCUGCUGUUAGCAUGGAACUUUCAGAGCCUGUUGUAGAAAAUGGAGAGACAGAAAUGUCCCCAGAAGAAUCAUGGGAGCACAAAGAAGAAAUAAGUGAAGCAGAGCUGGGGGGCGGUUCCUUGGGAGAUGGAAGGCCACCUGAGGAAAGUACCCAGGAAAUGAUGGAGGAGGAAGAGGAAAUACCAAAACCUAAAUCCGUGGCUGCACCGCCUGGUGCUCCGAAAAAAGAACAUGUAAAUGUAGUAUUCAUUGGGCAUGUAGAUGCGGGCAAGUCAACCAUUGGAGGACAAAUAAUGUAUUUGACUGGAAUGGUUGACAAAAGGACACUUGAAAAAUAUGAAAGAGAAGCUAAAGAAAAAAACAGAGAAACCUGGUACUUGUCUUGGGCCUUAGACACGAAUCAGGAAGAACGAGACAAGGGUAAAACAGUAGAAGUGGGUCGUGCCUAUUUUGAAACAGAAAAGAAGCAUUUCACAAUUCUGGAUGCCCCUGGCCAUAAGAGCUUUGUUCCAAAUAUGAUUGGUGGUGCCUCUCAAGCUGACUUGGCUGUGUUGGUAAUCUCAGCCAGGAAAGGAGAGUUUGAAACUGGAUUUGAAAAAGGAGGACAAACCAGAGAACAUGCAAUGUUGGCAAAGACAGCAGGUGUAAAACACUUAAUUGUGCUUAUUAAUAAGAUGGAUGAUCCAACAGUAAACUGGAGCAAUGAGAGGUAUGAAGAAUGUAAAGAGAAGCUAGUGCCAUUUUUGAAAAAGGUUGGCUUCAAUCCCAAAAAGGACAUUCAUUUUAUGCCCUGUUCAGGAUUGACUGGAGCAAAUCUCAAAGAGCAAUCAGAUUUCUGUCCUUGGUACAUUGGAUUACCAUUUAUUCCAUAUCUGGAUAACUUGCCAAACUUCAAUAGAUCAGUUGAUGGACCAGUCAGGCUGCCAAUUGUGGAUAAGUACAAGGAUAUGGGCACUGUGGUCCUGGGAAAGCUGGAAUCAGGAUCUAUUUGUAAAGGCCAGCAGCUUGUGAUGAUGCCAAACAAGCACAAUGUGGAAGUUCUUGGAAUACUUUCUGAUGAUGUAGAAACAGAUUCUGUAGCCCCAGGUGAAAACCUCAAAAUUAGGCUGAAAGGAAUUGAAGAAGAAGAGAUUCUUCCAGGAUUCAUACUCUGUGAUCCUAAUAACCUCUGUCAUUCCGGACGCACUUUUGAUGCCCAGAUAGUGAUUAUAGAGUACAAAUCCAUCAUCUGCCCAGGAUAUAAUGCGGUGCUGCAUAUUCAUACCUGUAUCGAGGAAGUUGAAAUAAAAACCUUUAUCUGCUUGGUAGACAAAAAAUCAGGAGAAAAAAGUAAGACUCGACCCCGUUUUGUGAAACAGGAUCAAGUAUGCAUUGCUCGUUUAAAGACAGCAGGAACCAUCUGCCUUGAAACCUUUAAAGACUUCCCUCAGAUGGGUCGUUUUACCUUAAGAGAUGAGGGUAAGACCAUUGCAAUUGGAAAAGUUCUGAAACUGGUUCCAGAGAAAGACUAAGCAUUUUCUCAAUGACCCUGCACAAUACUGUGAGGAAAAUUGACUGCAAAAGCCUACUUCACACCGCCUUCUCUUAUUUUCUGCCCAUUUAUAAACCUCUCCCCGUAUUUUGCAAAAGAAAAAAUUCAUAGCAAAAGUCCACAUUAUGUCAGCUUUCUCAUAUUGAGAGCUCUGCUAUGCCACUGUUGAGUUUUUCUGAAGAUGACCCCCUCCCCACCCCCAAACUGCUUCCUUGGACAGAUUUGGCAAUAGCUUUGUAAGUGAUGUGGACAUAAUUGCCUACAAUAAUGAAAACCUAUAAAAUUUUUUUGUUUUUCAUUUCCCCCUUAGGCAUAAUUAGUCUUUUUUCCCAGGCAGAUCAUUCUGAGUGUGCGAGUGUGUGUGCACAUGUUACAGACAACUACCAUGUUAAUAAAAUAUUCAAUUUGAAACCCUUUUUGGUAUUUGAAUUGCUUUUGAAUAAUGUUUUUUACCUGGAUGUAACAUUGUUGCAUUAGCUUUUUAACUUUCCCAAGUAAUUGAAUACAUUUUAUUACUUGGGCUUUUCUAAACUCUUUCCCUACUCACUACUUUAAAUGAGGCAUUUACAAUGUUCAAGUUUGUACUAGAGGAAAGAAAUAGUUUGACCCCUUCUUUUGAUGGUUAAUGUAUACACAGUUAAAUACCUUUGUGCAACUGUGACACUGCUUUACUAACUAGGUCUGUCCGUUAUUUUCUGCCAAUUUGUAUUUUAACAUGAUUUGUUAAGCACAGUAGACUGUGUUAAAAGAACAAAACAAAACAGCAUACUUUUGUUUUUUUGGUAAGGAAAGCUUAAUGAAAUUGUGCCCCUAUAAAAAAUUCCAUUAACUGGUUUUAGAUUAGUGGAAUUUACAAUAAAGAAAGCAUGUUGAGACCUGGCAAAAAUGCCUCUUUUAGUACUUAUAAGAGCUGCAUGUAUCUAGUAUGGAAACUAUAUAAGUGCCAGUUAUACAAAUUACUUUGUAUCAGUAACUUCAAAGGUUGGAAGAUUCUUGCUAGUUAAAGCCAGUCUUAGUCCAGCAACUCAGUGAACACAUAUGUAGAAUCAGCAAAAUCUGCAGAGACUAAAACUAAUAGUGAUAAAUGUAGAAUCAAGCACAGUAUAAGUUUUAUCUCAAUUAUUUGAAAUUGAGUUUUCUUUAUUAAGUAUAAAGCUGAAAUUUGCUAACCAUGAUUUGGAUGAAUCACAGAGCAGCACUGUGAUGGUUCUUAGAGUGAAGGCAACUUUUCUGCUACAACCAUGGUGACUCUGAAGUUUUUCUUGAGAAUAAAUGGGAAAUGGAAGAGAUCAUUCCUGGGUUUAUCAGAAGCCUUCUUCAUGUUGAGUGAGUGUUGCCAUGUGUCAGACCAUGUGUCAAAAACUCUUUUACAUUGUGAUUUUUUUCUAAAUUAGAUAUUUUGUAAUUGUAUGUUUAAUAACAUGACCCCUUCUCUGUAACCUUUUUCCUCAGAAAACAAAAGCCUACUUCCAGCCACAAAAUAUAAAUCUGACAGUGUCUUAACCGUAGAUUUCCCAUUCAUGAAAUGAAUGAGCCUACAUCUUAUGGACAGGACAAACUUAAGUUACUUCCUACAGCUUCUUAAAACUAUAUUUAUCACUAUUAAAUUGCAUGAAAUUUAAAUUUUAUGUUUGAAAUUCUCUAGGCUUUUAUUUUUCUGGGAAAUACAGGAGCUUUAGUCAGAACAUAAUCUUUUUGUACUUCCAUGUUGAUGAGUAAUACUAGCAAUUGCUUGGAUUUUUUUUUUUAAUUGCUUGGAUUUUAAUGAACCUUUAAAAGUUCAUAUGUCACUGAAAUUAUUUCCAAAGAUAAUUUCCCUUUUUAAAUUGAACACAUUUUUAAAAAACCAGUUAUGUUUGCAUUAAAACAUACCUAGAAUAUUAUGUGCAUUUUGCCAAGACUAAGUAAAAUGACUUGGACAGCAACUGUGAAGGGCCUACCUCUGUCAAAAGAAAAAAAAAGAUAAUAGAAGUACAAAUGUAAUUUUUAAAAAAUUCGUUGGACUCUUAACAUAUUUGCAAUAUUAAUACUGUACAUUUUAUGGGCUUUGAAAUUCUUGAAGAAGUAUUCCCCACUUAAAUUUGGUCUAUUUUAAACUUGUGGUUAUACUAGCUAGUCAUUUGAAUAUGGAGAUAAAAUAUCUGAAAUGAACUUGCGGUGUGUGCAGAUGUUUGUUGUAUCUUUAAAAGAGCAAUACAAAUUCCUACUCUUUCAUUCUUCUACAAGUGCAAACUGUUCAUAUGGUUGACAAUGCAAAAAUAACACAAUUGGUUGCAUAUUUAGCGUAUUAUAGACUUAAACAUUUUUUCUGUAUUUAACAUAGAUAUAUUAGAACCAUGAUUUUGUUUGCAUCUUUUUAUAUUAAUGAUCUUUAUACAACUUUCAUGCUAGAUUAUUUAAUUAUAAUAUUUUAAAUUAAUGAACUGAAUUUUAAGAGAUGUCAUUGAAAUAAACAUCUAAGUAAUUGCCAUUUUAAACUCUUAUUUCUUACUGUGGAAGAAGGGAAAAUAUAUUUGUUUAUAAUUUGCAAAAAGAAUUUAUCCAGUGAAAAUCUUUGUAAAAUCAAACCAAGAGAUGAACUGAGUGUAUAUUGUCAUGAAAUUAACUGACAAAUAGUAAAGUGUUGAAUAAAUUAAACCCAUGUAUAUUGUUUUGAAUUUAAAAUCUUGAAAUGUCAUAAUUGAAUGUAAUAACUUAGUAAACUGUAAAAGUACAGGUUAGUAACUGUAAUGAGGUAAUUCAUACUUGUCUGCUAGUUAUAAAAACUAUAAGAACUGCUUUUAUAUGCAACUUUGAAAGUGAACUGUUGAAGAAUUACUGGGAUCCUCUCAGUUGAACCACUGCAGAAAUUUUGGAUCAUACUUGCAACCAGAUGCAGUUUUGCAACCUAUGAGAAAGUUGAAUUUGGGCAAAAACUGCUCCCAUGAACUUUUGGGAGAAAAACAAAACUAAACAAAACAGCUAAUCUGCCCUGGCAAUCUUCAGGAACACUAGUAAUUACUCUGUGAUCUUGGAUGACUAAUUUACACGUGACAGCACUCUAGCACCUUUCCUUUUUGGCAUGGACUUGCUCAUGGACUGCUGCUUCAUGGAUGAUAGCUUCAUUGCUUUGGGUAGAGACUUAAAGUAGUCAAGGGACAACUACACAGUAUUUAUUUACAGCUCUUAACACCAGGCAACUUUCAACCUUUAAACCCUUUGUGAAAAUUCUGGUUACAGCACUAUAGCUCUGAUUUUAGAAUGACUAAAUGUUAUAUUCAGUGUUGGCCUACCUUAUUAGAAUAAACUGCAAUUAAUCCUCUCACAGACAUACGUAAGGUAGAUAGAUAGCAGUCAGCUGGAUUUGGAGAAUUAUCUGUCUCCAAAUACUGCCUUUAUUUCCUCCAACCAAUUUUUUCAGUGAUUCUAGCAGAUGCUAUAUAAUCAUGAUCUUUUUUCCUUAGAGAUCUUGCCAUGGUAGCAACCUGUUAAAUAAGUGUAAUUAAUAUGCACAAUUAAAAAGACUUACUAGGUUUAACUUUAGCAGUUUGUUAUAUUAGAUUUCAUAGUGAGUGGAAUAGGAAGUGAGUUUUUUUCAGUAGUAAUUCAGUCAAUUCCAUUUGAACCAAUUUAUUGCCAGAAUUUAGAUAGGAUACAUUUGGUUCACCUUUGAUGGUUUUGGCUCUAGGAUACUGAUUCUCAGUAUCCUAGAACUUACUAAGUCUUCCCUUUAAUAAGUAUACUGUACUUCUCACAUACCUCUAAUCCUUUGCUUCCUUGAAACAGUAAUAUGCUAGCUGAAUUGUUUACAAAGGAUUAUUACAAGGGCCUGGAGGUGUAGAAGUAGAGAUAAAACCUUUUAUGUUCUCCAGUGACAGAAACGCAGAUAGGCACUAGGUCUGAUUGGGCAGAAAACACAAGGAUUUCUUAAAGCAAACCCUGAAACAGUAAUUGUCUUUUCUGCCUUGUCACACAUGCCACUGUGCCCUUUAAAAAUUUAACAUGAAAAAUUCAGGUCUGUGGACAGCACAGGUGAAUGACAUUUUGUGCUUCCUGAGGCUCCCCUCUGUCAGGCACAUUAGCUUAGUGCUUCAGAUGUCAGCCCAAGUCCUUGCUACCUCCUUUCCUGCUUCCCGGGGAAGAGUGUUUGUGCUGGAGCUGGAGCUCUGGCACUCCUCAGGUGAUCGUCCUCGCCUCCAUUUCCUCCACAUGCAUUAGGUGAAACUGAGGCCUGAGUCUGCAAGGUCUGUAUUUUAGGGACUCGAACACUGGGCUCUCAGAAGUAUACAUGAUUGCUUAGUUUCUUCUGUUUGUUUUAAAGGAUACAUGGACAUUUUUCAGGCCAGGGUUUAAUGACUAGUUUUUAUCAGAUAGCCAGUUAAUACCUAGAUCUCAUUUUAAAAAAAUAGAGAGGAUUAAAGGGAACUUACUAGGUUGGUUGAGUCUUUUAAACCUAAUUCCAAAGCAUGGAAGAGUGCUCUGUCUAGGUAGGAAAGAAACCAUAUUCUUAUGAUUUAUAGCUACCUACUGUGCCUGACUUGGUGCCUGUGUGAGGAUUAAGCCCUUAGUCUGCUCUUGCAAUUAUUCAAAUGACUGGUUAAAAAAUUUUGCUUUUAUAAUAAUAAAAAUUGUCAUCUUCCCUUUUGA